UUGAAAGUCUGCCUCCGGAAAGACGUCAUAAUGACGGCUGUGAGGGCAACACGGCGAUAGUCAUUGAGGCCAGUUCAGGAUUUCUUUUUGGGGAUGGGAAUGAUUUUUGUCGAUUUCAAACAGGUGGGGAUGACUGCUUGGGCCAGUGAGAGGUUGAAGAUCUCGCAGAAGACGCUGCGCAGCUGGUGGGCACAUCCGCUCGGCACCUUGCCUGCUCCUCCCUCCGGGCCAGCAGCCUUCCUGGGCUUCAAGGCCAGGAUCACACGCCUCAUGUGUAACCAAAGUACUUUCAAAUUAAGUACAUUGAAAAGACUCUUUUUGAUUAUGCACAGGCCAGUUGGCAAAGUACAACAUAGAGAUCGACGUGUUUGUGAACGACACUUCACCAAUCAUAAUAACAAGAGGUCAAGUCUUAAAGUGUUGUGAUUAUCGAGUGAAAAUGUGUGGGAGACCGAUAACAGAGUACGCGGAUGAUUUUUGUGAAAACAAAGAGAACGAACGUCAACUGUUCGACGCUGUCAGCAAGCAGCCUCGAGUUGUGCUUUACACAGCAGACGGCAGUGAAAAAUCUCUUUGUCCUGAGCAACAGGAGUCAGAGUCCGUUCAGAUUAAAGAGGAGGAGGAAGAACAUGUCCACAUAAAAGAGAAAGAGGAGCCACACACCCCCUACGAUAAAGAGGAGGAGCACAAUAAUAUCAGCAAGUUGCCAAUGUACCUUGUUUCAUUGAAGAGUGAAGAAGAAAAUGACAAAGUUAAAAGUGAGGAGAGCAGACAGGCGGAGGCUCCGAGCAGCAGCUCAAGUCAACACACGACAACCGGAGGUGAUUGAGGCCACUGUGGUGGAUCCCAAGCGGAUCGUGGCGCCAUAACAUCAAACUCUCCUGUUGACUGUGUUAGUAAACAGUAGGAAGGUCGUGUAACAUAUCACACUCACAAGAAAUGUACUCAUUGUGGGAAAACAUUUAGUUCUAAGGGUAAUUUGAACAUUCAUAUGAGAAAACACACCGGAGACAAACCUUUUACGUGUUCAGUUUGUGGUCAAAACUUCACUGAAAGAGGGACUUUGACUGUGUACUCAAGAACACACACCAGUGAGAAACCUUUUAUAUGCUCUGUUUGUAGCGAAAGCUUCUCUGUAAAGGCAAGUUUAACGAGACACCUAAGAACGCACACCGGCGAGAAACCGUUUGCGUGCUCAGUUUGCGGUAAACGAUUCAUUGAAAAAGGUACUUUGAUAAAACAUACAAGAACUCACACUGGGGAGAAAGGCUUUGUCUGCUCAGUUUGCGGCAAAUGUUUAUCUGAAAAAGGCACUUUGAGGAAACACACAAGAACACACUCUGGAGAGAAAGGCUAUGCUUGCUCCACUUGUGGAAAAAGCUUCUCUAUCAAGACCAGUUUAACAAGGCACACAAGAACACACACUGGAGAGAAACCUUUUCCCUGCUUAGUUUGUGGCAAAAGCUUCCCUGCAAAGUCUUGUUUGGCGAGGCACACCAGAGUACACACUGGAGAGAAGCCUUUUGCGUGCGCAGUUUGUGCUAAAACAUUCGCCCAAAAGCCAAAUUUAACAGCACAUAAGAAAAUACACACACAGGACAAACAUUUUGCUUGCUUAGUGUGGGGAUAAAUGUUCUCGGAAUAGAGUUUUUGUUGCAGUGGAUGCUAAAUGAUUCGCUUGUUAAAAGAAGGUUGAGAGAAAAGUGUGCUGGGGAGACGAGCGGAGGUCAUUUAAGCUGUGGCACAAAUGGAAGAAAUCAUUAAUUCAUUUCCUUAAGGAAUUGUUUUUUAUGAACAAUAGUGGAAUAUAUUGUUGGCUUAUUCGUCAAUUAAAAAAUUGGAGCACGGCAGCUUUUCCAGUGAUUUUCAUUUUAUUUUAUUUUUUUCCUUAAUGGGCCCUCUCAAAGUUGAGGAAAAGAGGGAAAAAAAUAGUACACUGUUAAGCUUUUGUUGUUGAUGUGCCAAUCAAAAUUGAGACAUUUUUUUUUAACUUUUACACGUAGUACAUUUCAGAGUCUGUACUUAUUUACUUGAGGCCCAGAAGUGAAUGCGUGCAUCUCCUUUUACUGUUUUCCUUUAUAUAAGUAGGAUAUGGAAACCUCUGAAAGAUUAUGUUCAGUGUUUAGCCUGUGUUGUCAUUCUUGAGGUAUUACCAACAAACAUGCCCAAAAGGAGAAAAGCUUUUUUGUUGUCAUUGACCAUGAACAAGAUACAGUAGAUCUUUAUCUUCUGUAAUUUUUUUCUUCAUGUUAUGAAUAAAAUUUCUGUGAAUAAAUUAUCUAAUAUUUACUUUAUGAUCUGUGGAA